UCACCACCACUACCACCACCACCAACAACAACAGCAACAAUAACAUUGCUAGCACCAUAUACUGCCACCUUAUCUCUUUUCUAGCCCUUAGCAUGCGUCCCCACGCCGUCGUCUAGUUCCCCUUGAUGUUUUCUAUCGAGAUGAUGCUCACAGCCAAGCAGCCAGUCCAACACGGGUACCGGCCUGUCCAUGAUCUACCGACGCCGCCUCGAUCCUCGCCCCCCUUGAGUGUUCAGGACUCUUUGCAGAAGUCAUUUGUGGCUCUCCCGCAGAAGCAGAGCCCAUCAACCAAGCCCAUGUCAGCACCUCAUCGUGGCCUGCCUCUUCCGGCAGCCAUGACAUUAGCUCAACCGCCGCCGCCGCCACCGGCUCCUGGUCCACCUCACCCACCAGCUCCAGGACCGCCUUUACAUUCUCAAGGAGUGCCAGCUCCUUCUCCGCACAGUCAGGCGCUCGGUGCGCUACCAGCGCCUCCUCAGCAUCAGGGCUCCGAGGAAGCAAUGAGGAGCUGGUUGAUAGCUAAAACUGAAGAAGAGAAAAGAAAGCAAGAAGAAGAAAAGACGCGACAGGAAACUUUACGUCUAGAACAGAGGAAAUUGGAAUACGACAUGCUCCGAACGUCUUUGGAUCGGGGUAUACCACCACCAAUGAUACCUAUUGUGUUCGCGGGAAUGAGCAGCGGGACGCUAUCGCAAGCCGCCCUCGAAUGGGCGCAACAGUAUUUGAUGCCGCAGCAGGCGCACGCAGCGCAGAUUAUGCCAGUCCAAGGGGCUUUAUCACCAGAGGCCCGAAGAGAGUCUCAACAGUACGGGGGGCAACAAUAUGGUGUCCCGUCUACGCCAGGAUCCGUAGCAGGCGCCCAGGCGAGCUUCGUGCCCUAUCAGGGGCCUAGCUCACCAAGGCAUAGAGCACACACAUUGAGCAUGGGCGGAGCUGUAGGAAGGCCUCUAGGAAGUUCGGCACUUCCCCGGUUGAGUACGGGAGAAGGAGCUUCUGGACCGGCUGGCAUUCCUCAUCCGGCACAUGCGCUCGCGCAGCAGCAACAACCGCAACAAGAUACCCAGUCGCCAUCGAUAUAUUUCCACCAUUGGCAACCCCCGAACACCCAAGGAGGCUCUAAUCAGCCAGGAACGCCUUCUGUAGAAUCGCCUAAGAAACGAAAAGCGACGGGUCCCCAGCAAGCGCCGCCUCCGCCGAGCCAAGCGCGGUUUAGAUCUCCGCCUUUCGGUCAGCACAGUGGAUCAUCAGCAUUAUCAAAUCCACCUCCCGGUCGACGGCGAGGACAUUCGCGGCAGAGAAGCGACGUCUCGGCAUAUCGGUCUACGGGACGGGGUCGAAUCGAACCUUUUGGUCCGCAUCGGGGACUUUCCCCAGGCCUCGGUCCGUCAAGGGAAACCGGAGUAGGCGAGGUGUCACAGUCAUCUAGGAGCGGUGCUCACUCGGUUUCGUCGUUAUUGGCAGACCAGCCAUCACCACGAUACGCGUCAGAAAUGAGACCGCAUCAGAGCGAGGGUGAGCGACGAAAUUCCCCGGCGACGUCGGAUGAGAGGUCGCGUGGUGGAGCGACAGGGGUAGGAUCAGGAGGAGCCGGACGAGAAAAUGAUUAAGGGACAUACGUGUGAUGGCUGUUGAAAGUCCGUCCGCAUUUCAGCCUCUGGGGUGGGUUUCUAAGGACCGCGGGUUUUUUUUUUCUUUUUCUUUACCAAUCUUUUGGAAGUGAGCCCCUCUCUCACGACAAUAUCGAUUUGUUGCUCAAAAUCACGAUCGUGGACAUUUCUUAGUGCGCUAUGAUUUAACCAGCAAGAGGGGGCUAAUUUGCUUCCCCAAAGUAGCCAUUCAAAUUUCGGCUGGGCCAAAGAAGAAAAAAAAGCGAUAUUACGAACGGGCCACACGAAAAAAACAGCACAACCUAGGAUGAGAUGUGGCUUGGCAACGAUUUUUUUUCAUCC